CGCGCGGCGACUGGCCGCACUCUCAGUCUCGAGCCCGAUUCGCGGAGUUAUCGUGUCUCUCUCUCGGCCCCUGGAGGAUCGGCGAGCCCAAAAUUUCCCGAGUGUGCGAAGCAACGGCAGCGUGAAACGGCAGCGUGUGGAGAGGCAACGACACAGGAAUCGACGAUCGACGAUCCGUUUGUCAGCCCUCUCUUGUCGCGACUCUCGACUCGCGGCAUCGCGAGUUCUUCGUCGCCCUUUUUACCGCGAACGCGCGCGCUAAAUAAACGGCUCCCCCAGUUCAAAGUCAGUCAGUCAGUCGCUCGUGUGGACCGGAGAGGAGAGCGAGCUCAGGUUGUAUCGUGAUCAUCAUCCACUGGAUCAGACGGUGUCAACGAGAAAAGCACAGACAAGAUGUCAGACCGAAAGGCAGUGAUCAAGAAUGCUGAUAUGUCAGAGGAGAUGCAGCAAGAUGCUGUGGACUGCGCUACUCAAGCUCUUGAAAAAUAUAACAUAGAAAAGGACAUUGCAGCGUUUAUCAAGAAAGAAUUCGACAAGAAGUACAAUCCGACGUGGCACUGCAUCGUAGGACGUAAUUUCGGUAGCUACGUGACGCACGAAACAAGACAUUUUAUCUAUUUCUACCUUGGUCAGGUAGCCAUUCUCCUCUUUAAGAGCGGAUAAGCUCGUUUCUCUAUCCUCCUAAACUCCAUCCUUCCUUUUUCCUUCCUCCCUCCCUCCCUUGCUCACUACAUAAAAUAUACACAUUUAAAAUCACCACCAUGUGUAAAAGAAACUUCAUUAUGCAUUAUGUAUACAUUAAAAAAUUUAUUUUAAAAAGCAACGCAUGUGCCCGAUAAGCAAGUAAAAGAGAAAUAUCAACGUUUCUAACUUGAUAUAUUGUUCGUUACGCAAAACAAAUUCUAGAAAAACACACACAUACACACAGAAGGGUAGGGAGAUAAACUGGGAAAAAAAAAAAGAAAUGACAUACAACCUUACAUGUUAAAAUGUAUUUUGUAUGCCAACAGAUUUGUUGUGUUCUUGUUUUAUAUUAUUAGGUAAAUAUACAAAAUACGGUUGAGUUCAAUACUGGCGAUUUUAAAUUAGCAAAUUUUAGCGUAAUUGUUUAAUAUAUAGUGUUCAAAUAAAACACUCUAAGUGCACUACAUAUACUUCGCGUUAAACGGGUUCACGAACGAAGUGUGCCCUGCUUUAUAUUCUACGUAAAACUGGAAGUACAUGGUAUCCGUAGCUAAUCGCCAAUAAUGAAUGUAAGCCCGAACGAGAUUGAUUGUCUCUGCAACUGUUAUUUUAUAUUAAUCGGAAAAAAAACCAUAGGCUCUUAUGUAUUUGUGUAACUUGAUUUUGUAUUUCCUACAGCGACUGACAUUUUUGAUUAGAUUAAGAACUGUUAACAUGAUUGAACGCAAAAAAGGAGCUCAAUCUUUCUCUCGACGUAUCGUACGAUAUCAUCAUCGUACACGUAUUCUUAUUAAUAACUACUUUAUUUCGAUCGAUAUAAAACUAACAUGCUAUUGAAUAAUA